UGUGGCUCUACAACACAACGUUUUAUUGUGUCUACUGCUGCUGCUGCCUUUUUUUCAGUUUUUCUUGUGAAAGGAAACAGGAAUGGACCUUAAGACUCGGACAUCAGGAACGAGAUGAUCGAGGCUUGAUAGGAUGCCACUGUCAUGGGCACAGAGUGCGAGGAGACCCAGCAGGCGAGCGCAGGCGAUGAUGGUGCAGCUCAACAGGAUGCUGCCAGUAUUGCUGAUGUGUCCGUGGAGGUGGCCACAGUGGACCACACUCUGCAGAAGCUUUACAGGAAAUACAGAAAGACUCGACGGAAGCCCAAGGGACUCAAGAGGCUUUUGGCCCACCUGUUAAACGUCCCACACCUUGCUCUCAUCAUUGCAGCGGUGGUGUUUGUGGUGGUGGUGAUCGUAUGGUCACUGCUAUGGGUCUUCAUAUUCCGCAGGGAAAGCAACAGUGGAGCUUACUUUGCCGGGAUGUUUCGUCUUGCCAACGUGGAGUUUAUGCCCGAGUACCGCCAGGCAGAGUCCCACGAGUUUGUAUAUAUGGCAAAUAAAAUACAGCACGUGGUGAGCAACGUGUACAAGAUGUCCUCAGUGGCCCGACUGUACAAGCAGACUGUCAUUUCAGACCUCAGCAACAGUGACAGCGGUAUUUUGGUGCAUUUCUGGAUGUUGUUCGUCGUCCCUCGUCUAAAGAGCCCGGCCGUGUGUGAGGAGUGCGUUGGCGUGAUCUUCAGAGACUCCGUCCACACGAGCCUCAGGAACCGGACGUCUGUCGGAUACCUCCUGGGUCUCCCGGUCGACAUCGACUCCAUCCUCAUCAAUGCUGUCCAGCGCUCAGAUUACACAUCAAACACAGCAGGCUCACAGUGUGUAGAUAAGAUGUAUGCCAGCCUUCCCGGGGUGAAGGUCCCUUUAAACAUCUUUUCAUCGUGGGGUGGGGUGAGUUGCCAUGUGAAGCUCACGGCCAUCCCCUGCUCUCUUAUCCGUCUGACCAUCAACUUGUUCCUCAUUGAGCCCAGUGACUGUGUGAAUGAUGCUUUGACCGUGUACGACGCUCUGCUGCCCAUGAGGGGGCGCAUUCUCCACAGGUUGUGUGAGCCAGUGUCCGGCUCCAUCUCCCUCGUCUCUACCUCCAAUGUCAUGUUGCUCUCCUUCAGGAUGACUAAAGGCAACAAAACGUUCAAAGGAAACUUUGAGGCCAUCGCUGCAGAAAUCUGUAUGUCUCAAAUUGAGACGCAGUCAGGGUCUGGCAUCAGCGCUCAGAUCUACAGCCCCUUCUACCCGAGCCUGCUGCCCCCUCAGUGUUCCUGCACCUGGAGGUUUGAGACUUCAAAUAGUGCUCUGGGAGUUGCUCUGCACUUUCAAAACUAUGUACUGAAUCCAAAAGGCAUGAAGGCCUGUGACCACGGCUGGUGGAAGAUCAAUGAAGUCAUCUUCUGUGGCAGCUACGUGGGCCACAGCACAGUGUUCCGCAUCUAUGACCGGAGCCCAGAAGUGGAGUUUCGCUGCAGCUCACGUAACGCCGCUCUGCCGUUUCAGGCGUCGUGCAGCAGCUACAACAUCAGCCAACCCUGUGCUGAGAACCACUUCCUGUGCUCCACUGGACUGUGUGUGGAAAAGAACCGGCGCUGCGACGGCCUGGACGACUGCCAGGACGAGAGCGACGAGGACUUCUGCUCGAGGCCCACAAUGAAGUGUGGUGGCAACCGUCCUCCGCACCCUCUGUUUGUGUGCAAUGGAGAGACGGACUGCACUGAUGGAAGAGAUGAGAUCAACUGCACUCAGGAAACGACCUGCUCUGCAAUCAGGUACCAAUGCCGCAGUGGCUCCUGCAUCCUGAAGAAGAACGCUAAAUGUGACGGUGUUCACGACUGUGAGGACCGCAGUGAUGAGGUGGACUGUGCUUGUGGUCUCCCCCCUCCGGUGAAGAAAGACGGCCCAGAGCGCAUCGUGGGCGGGGUUAACUCUGUGGAAGGGGAGUGGCCGUGGCAGGCCAGCCUCCAUUUCUCUGGUAACAUGUACUGUGGCGCCUCGGUCCUGUCCUCUGAUUGGCUCAUCUCAGCCGCACACUGCUUCAGCAAGGAAAGGCUGUCUGACCCUCGUUACUGGACCGCUCACUUGGGCAUGCUGACGCAGGGCAGUGCCAAACACGUGGCCGAGAUCCAGCGGAUUGUGGUGCACGAGUACUACAACGCGUACACGUUUGACUACGACAUUGCUCUGCUGCAGCUGAAGAAGCCCUGGCCUCCUUCCCUCGGCCCACUGGUCCAACCCGUGUGUCUGCCGCCUACUUCACACACCGUCACUGACAGCCACCGCUGCUGGGUUACUGGCUGGGGAUAUCGCUCCGAGGAGGACAAGGUUUUGCCCUCAGUCCUGCAGAAAGCGGAGGUUUCCAUGCUGAGUCAGAGUGAUUGUAAGAAGAGAUACGGGCCGGUCUCGCCGCGCAUGCUGUGUGCCGGGGUUCCCUCGGGAGAGAGGGACGCCUGCAGGGGGGAUUCUGGGGGUCCUCUGUCCUGUCAGUCAUCAGACAGGGGUCGCUGGUUCCUGAUCGGUAUCGUCAGCUGGGGCGCCGGUUGUGGCCGACCAAACCUGCCUGGCGUCUACACCAGGGUCAACAAGUUCACCUCUUGGAUCUACAACCAUAUCAGCUGACAUGACGAGAGUGGCAGCAGGCGUGUGAACCGUCUGCUGCUCGGAGCAAAUAAUAAAAACAUUUUCAGACACA